UAGCAGCGAGAGCGCCGCUCGCCGCUCCUGCAUCAUCGGCCGCACUGUCGCGCUGCCGCGAUGCAAGCCGUCCUGCUCUGCUCCCUGCCGAACCUGGCUAGCCCCGCCCACAGGACUAGGACGCCCGGAACAUCGAGAGUCGACGACCAAGGCGGCCGCAAGAUCAGCUGGCCCCUCAAAGCCAGCGCUCGCAAGCAGCUGCUUUCCCGAAGAGUAGCGCCCAAGAGCAACGACGCCGGGCCUCCGGCGACCGCGGUGACGAAAGAGCCGGGCUUCACGCAGAACCGACGUCACUGACCGUUUCAUGCAGAUCAUCACGGCAGCAGACGCAAAAGCAUCAGCGAACGCCUUCGGUGCUUCCUGUCCCGAGUGGCGCCAAAUCCUGGGGCAUUCGGCUAAGAUACAGUGACCACAAUGACUGUUCGUACGGCAAUGAUGGAUGUGUGGCUGGAUAAAAGCGCCGUCGAAAGCCCAAAACGAAGAUCCACAGCUGUGAAAUCUGUGGAGGACGUGUUGUCCACUUUGGGCCUGGUGCGGAAGCACGAACUGGCCACGGCCGGCUCGCACAUUUAUCUCUACACGGCCGAGUCGGCGGGAUUGUCCUGCCUCAUCACGGUUUAUUCUAACGGCUUCUUAACAGUGACCAUAGAAGACGCGAAUCCUGAUUCUCCUCUCACCAACCAGGUCAUGGAAGAGCUCAAACUGAAAAUAAAAGAAAGCAUCAAAACUCGUAUUGAAAGGUCGGAACUGUGUUCACAUCAAUGCGAGGCCAGGCCAAUCCCGCUGAUCAAGCGAGGAACUCCUGUGCCAAACUACUACACGACCUCGGACGAGAGAAUUCUCGAGUACGACUUUGACAAGAUUGUGUUUGAGGAGAAGUCCAAGUACCAGCACGUCAAGAUCCUGCACUCGCCAACGCUAGGCAACUGCCUUCUCCUGGAUGAUCUUCAAAAUCUUGCUGAAAAAGACAUCAACUACACUCACGGCUUGAUGAAGUAUCCCAGCGUCAGCUACGCGGACAAAGAGGUGCUCAUACUAGGAGGCGGCGACGGUGGCCUUCUAUGUGAAUUGCUCAAGGAAAAACCCAAAUACGUCACCAUGGUGGAUAUUGACGAAAUGGUGAUCAGCGCCUGCCGACAGCAUCUUAGAGGGGCUUGCGGCAAUGUUCUCGACACGCUCAAGGGACCCAAUUACGAGAUAAUUAUAGAUGAUUGCGUGAAGAAGAUGAAGGAAUACAUUACCGAAGGGAGACAGUUUGACGUAGUUUUCAAUGACCUGACAGACAUUCCUAUCAGCACUGAACCACAAGGCGAACACUGGGAGUUCAUCAAAAAAAUUGUUACCAUGGGACUCGCUGUGCUUAGAGUCAAUGGACUUUUCCUCAACCAUGCCAUAGGAGUGAGCUGUCCAUCGGCUCUCGAGACCUACGAGGAACUUCUCAAAGAACUGCCGUUCAAACUCACCUUUUCAAAGCACACGGCUCAUGUGCCAUCAUUCAUGGAAGACUGGGUGUUCUACAAGAUCACGAAGUUGGAAUGAUAUUCGGGUGCUAUUAGCGCUGUACAAGGCCAUUUACCACUUGUCGAUCACUCUCUGCUCUUCCGGCGAGCGUCGACCACCGUCCGUAGCCGCUUCCGCUGCGCGGUGGACUUCCUGCCACAGCCUGCCACCUGUGCGGCCUGCGCACACCGAAUUACUCGCCCUUACUUUCUUCUUCAACUAGUACUACCUUUACAACUAAUUCUCCUUGUCCUCCGCGUUUUCGUUACUAGUCUUCUUCUGCUACCCAGUUCAUCAUCGUCGUACCGUACUAUCAUUGCUCGCGUACCACAAGGGUUCAUCAAAGCUGUAUCAAAUAAGUGUGCUAGGCAGCUCAAUGCUUUUUCCUCACAUACGCGCGCUGAACCAAGUAUACAUACACUACCCACAUUCCCGCAACCUAAUAAAAG